AUGCUCUCUUUCACAAACAUUUGUAAGGAAUUAGAAGACGACCUACAACUUCAAGAAGCCAAACUUGAAAUCUUUUCGAAAAAUAACUUUAUCUGGCUUGAGAAAAUCAAUAAGAAGUUGGAUCCAAAUUCUAAUUUAGCCAAUAACACGGUCGACAUCAGUAAUGUUCCAAAUAAUCAAAAAGAACUGGCUCUAACCAACGAAAAUCAUAAUAAUUCAGAAGAAAAUACCCAAAACAUUUCAAAUAAUCAAGCUCCCCGCAGAUCUAGCUUGCGUACAAAUGUUCCUAUUAGACCACAUGAUUUUGAUUCUGAUUCUUCUAUUGAUUUCCCCGCUUCUGAUGAUGCUAAUCAUCAUGUUACAAUUCAAGUUCUUCAAAAUAAUGAUGCGCUCUCAUCUAACACUGAUGCACAAGCAUCUCCUAUUACUCUUGCCAGAGCUGAAGAAAACUAUGUAUCAAAAGUAACACCUCAAAGAAAUUCACUUGUUAAGCAAAUUAUUGAAAAUGAAUCACCAAUUUCAGAAUCAUCGGCCAGCUCUUGCUUUGAUGUUGACUCAGAUGUUCCUAAGACUCCUGUUAAAAAGGAUUCAUCUGUCAAUUUACCAACUUCUCCUAAGAUCUCAUAUGCAGAUACUAGAGACCUAAGGACAAGUAUAGAUCCAACAAAUAUCCUACUCUCUUCGGAAGAGUUUACAUCUUCAGUCAAUGGUGUUUAUUCGAUUUCCAAAGAUGCUUCUCAAUUAUCUCAGCAGGCAAAGCUGAUGAGACAGAAAUGGGCCAAAAUAGUAGCCGAAAAGAACCAAUUACAGCAGGCAAAUGGUAAUCAAGCCAUAAAUAGAGUGGCAAUGUUUGAAUGA